GAGCCGCUGUGGGUGCAGCUCGUUAGCAUAAACGUCGCUGUUAGCAGAGGCAGCAAGGGACCCGCACCGUGUCACUAUACAAACUAGUUUCCGUUAAAUAAAACCCGGGACCGGAGCUGUGACCGGAACUCUCCAACGACCGCUUCGCCACGAUGAGCUUCCUGUUUGGCAGUCGCUCAUCCAAGACCUUCAAGCCCAAGAAGAACAUCCCGGAGGGCUCCCACCAGUAUGAGCUUCUGAAACACGCUGAGGCCACACUGGGCAGUGGGAACCUGAGGCAGGCAGUCAUGCUGCCAGAGGGAGAGGAUCUCAAUGAGUGGAUUGCUGUCAACACGGUGGACUUCUUUAACCAGAUCAACAUGCUCUACGGCACCAUCACUGAGUUCUGCACUGAGACCAGCUGCUCUGUGAUGUCUGCUGGACCAAGAUAUGAGUAUCACUGGGCUGAUGGCACCAACAUUAAGAAACCCAUCAAAUGCUCUGCACCCAAAUACAUCGACUACCUGAUGACCUGGGUUCAGGAUCAGCUGGAUGAUGAGACGCUGUUUCCCUCCAAGAUCGGAGUUCCCUUCCCCAAGAACUUCAUGUCUGUGGCCAAAACCAUCCUGAAGCGUCUGUUCAGGGUUUACGCUCACAUCUACCACCAGCAUUUUGACUCUGUGAUGCAGCUGCAGGAGGAAGCUCAUCUCAACACCUCCUUCAAGCAUUUCAUUUUCUUUGUUCAGGAGUUCAACCUUAUCGACAGGCGAGAGCUCGCCCCCCUGCAGGACUUGAUUGAGAAGCUUGGAUCCAAGGACAGAUAGACAUUUCAUCACAUACAGUAUCUCCUUCUUUUUUUUUUCAAGUGUUUCCCUUUUUCCUUUGUUCGUCUUUGUCACCUCUGCUACCUCUACAACUUCUUGUCUCAGUUCUAACAAUCUGUGCCUUCUUUUCAUCUCCUCAUUGUUAGAAAUGUAUUUUCUCCUUUUAUUCCCUCAGUUGUCUUUCAUGGUCUUUGAGCCUUUUUUCAAUUUUCGCCACUCUAGAUCAUGAAUAGUGCAGUGUAGAAAUGAAUUUUUCACAGGACUGUGUGGUAAGCGACUCACUAAGGGAAACUUACAGAAUUUUACAUUGGACCAAGGACAUUUUGGAAGUUAAAGUGAAAACGAGCUCCGUCAGAGGUGUUUUGAUUGUCUAGUUAUUUAGGUAAUUUUCUUUUUUUUAUUGACUUUUAGCUAUUGUAAUUACCUUGACUGACCAAAUAUCACAAUAUUUUGAUUUUUUUGAAUGUCUGUCAUAAAAGUUAGCGAGAGAAGUAGUGACAUGAACAAGUCUUGAGGAUUUUUAAUCUGUCAAUAAACGUGUGUAGAAGGUAUUUUCAGUCCAACUUGAAGGCAGACAAAAAAACAAGUGAUAAAUAUUGUAUAGCUCUGUCACCAGCUGGUUGACAUCUGAUAUCCCUCGUACAGUGGAUUCCAAAAGUCUGCGACCACUUGAAUGGGAAGGUUUUCUUAGACUUUCAGACCCUACUGUGUGUUUACAUGCUUCCGAUUUAGAUGCUUAGUGAUGACACAGUAAUGUGUUAAAGAUUGUGCAUUUAAUCUUGCCCCACAAAAAACUCCAUUAUCGAUUGCAUAAUACUGCAUUAUUUCAAUUUGUUCAUGCAAUAUUGUGUUUUGCACAUUUCUUCAGCUAUUUUCUUAAUUAAAAUAGUUAAAUGCGAGAUAUAGUGCUUAUAGUAAUAUUUUUUAUCUGCUACUUAUAAUUAUUAGCCGCUUAAAACUUAUACAAGGACUCUAUAAAGGAGCUCUAUGGUAGAAAUCAUCAACAGCAAAAAUAGUCUAAUGUGAAUUUUUAGUUUUACAUUCAUUUUAGUUCAUUUCUGUAGUGCCGAUUAAUUGUGGAACUCGUAAUGUUUGUUCUUUCAAUGCUGGUACUAAUAUAUAUAUUUUCUCCUGGAUUGGAAAAUGGAGCAAUAUCUAUUGCACCUGUGAACGGUAAGGAUGAGUAACCUGAGAUCUGUGUAGUUUUUUGACAUAUGCCUUAUUAGUCUUGGUGCAUGUAUCGUGGUCAUUUCCUCUGCUUCUCUUUAGCAGCUGAUGCAGCUAAUAUUUCUGAAUGAAUGUUCUGUUUUUUGCAUAGUUUGAGCAAGGAAAUCAGUCCAUAAUCUUCCUCAUGUUGGACCGAAAUUCUUAUGAGACAAUCAUUUAACCAAUUAAGAGUUGUUAGAUAACUGAAAUGCAUCACCAGGAACCAACAAAUGUGAUGAGGUAGUAGAGUGUUGAUUUAAUUGGAAAACAAUUUUUUAAUUCUCGUCUAAUUGUGAUCUAUCCACUCUUUGCCCCCCCCAAGUUCCUUAAUUUUGAUAUUUAAAACAUCAAGCCAGCAUCCAUUAGGUUACUCAUCCACGGGCAUAUUAUUUUAUUUGCAGACCGAUUUACUUGACAGAUUCAAUAUUAAUAUACAAUUCGUCCUUUCUUUCAAUCAAAUCACAUGUUUUUGAAAUGUAUUGUUUUUUUCCCUCACACUUUGUUUUUUAAACGUUUGGCACAGAGUUACAUUUCAUAUAAUGUUGUAAUACAAAUUGUUUUUCAAAUGAGGAACAAGGGCUUUGAAAUGAAUUAAAAAGUUUUAUAUAUAUUUUCAAUAAUGGUCCAAUCAUUGGCUGGUCAAUUUGACUGGAAGGACGUGUGAGGAUUUUUGCAUUGCGUCCACCCCUCCCCCCCCCCCUCCAAAAAACAUUUCUGUAAAUAGUAUCAGUGUUUUAUCUGAACAAAACUGUGCCUUACAAAAAUGAAAAUGUCUUACAUUGACAGUAUUGGUGGAACAAAAACUCAAUAAACGCUGAAAGGACAA